CAGAAUGACAUUAUCUCAGAGGCAAUAUCUACAAAGGCUAUUGUGAUCAAUAAGUGUUUUGAAGACCCCUGUAAAAAUGAUGCAGAAUGUAAACCUCUUCAGCCUAGUUUUGUGUGCAUCUGUAAACCUGGAUAUACUGGUAUAUACUGUGAGACUGAAAUAGAUGAAUGCUUCUCAGAGCCAUGUGCACACAAUGGUACAUGUAUCAACGAACUUGAUGGUUAUCUGUGUGAAUGCAAACCAGGAUAUACAGGUAAUGAUUGUGAGAAGGAGAUAAAUGAGUGUGAUUCAACACCAUGCAAGAACAAUGCAACAUGCACUGAUGAACUGAACAGCUUCAAGUGUGUGUGUCCACUGGGAUUCACUGGCCAACUAUGUGAGACCAACAUUGAUGAGUGUGAGAGCAACCCAUGUAAAAACUCUGCAACUUGUCAGGACCAUAUAGGGAACUAUACAUGUCUGUGCCCUCUGGGGUAUAUAGGAGUUCACUGUGAGACUAAUCAUAAUGAAUGUGAGAAGUUCGCCUGCAUCAACAAUAGUACUUGUGUUGAUGGCAUCAAUAAUUACACGUGUAAGUGUCUCCCAGGUUAUACAGGAUUCCACUGUGAAACACAAAUCAAUGAGUGCCUCACAUUUCCCUGUGAGAAUGGAGGACAGUGCUAUGACUUGGAGGGAGACUACAAAUGUAGAUGCAUGCCAUCCUAUGGUGGCAAGAACUGUGAAAAGAAGCUUUCCUCAGAUUUUGACAUGGUGUUCCCAGUAUCAAGCACGACAGACUAUGUUAUACUACCAGACCUUCUAGGAGAUCUAACUGAGGUCACUGUAGCCUUCUGGAUGAAAUCAACAGACAAGAGGAAUUAUGGAACUGCAUUUUCAUAUGCAACUGAUAAAGUAGACAAUGCUCUUACUAUCACGGAUUACAAUGGGAUUGUGAUUUAUGUGAAUGGUGCCAAAGUAAUCACAGAUGUGACAGUGAAUGAUGGCAGAUGGCACCACCUUGCAGUUACAUGG